AGAUUCGGAAAUGGCUGUGCGGUCGCAUAUUAACAUUGCCCUUCUGCGCGGCAAUGCAUUUAAUUACACCGUGAGAUAACAAUAAGCAAUUCCUACUUAACAGUUACCACUAUCAGAUUUUCGGGUUCGAGAUUCUGUGUCCGCGUAACUUUCUUUGGAUGAUUCUUUAUUUGCGUUAUCUCUUCGCUGUUGAUCCCAGUUGCCGCUAUACAGAUCAAGCUCUCUCUCCUUACUCUACACUCGGAAACACUGAGAAGAUCUACCAGAUUUCCUAAGAAUUCAGAACUACAAUGGCAGCUCGUGUAAUCACGGUUUCACAGACCGGAAGAGGAGACUAUCGGACGGUGCAGGAAGCAAUUGAUGCCAUCCCACUGGGAAACAACCGUCGGACGGUGAUUCGAGUGUCUCCGGGAAUCUACAAGCAGCCAGUGUACGUACCCAAGACUAAGAAUUUCAUCACCCUUGCUGGUCUGUGCCCAGAGGAUACUGUGCUUACGUGGAAUAAUACCGCCACCAGAAUCGAACACCACCAGGCUGCUCGGGUAAUAGGCACUGGUACUUUUGGCUGUGGUAGUACCAUUGUGGAAGGAGAGGAUUUUAUUGCCGAGAACAUCACGUUCGAGAAUUCCUCCCCUCAGGGUUCAGGGCAAGCAGUGGCAAUCAGAGUGACAGCAGAUCGAUGUGCCUUUUAUAACUGCAGGUUCCUGGGAUGGCAGGACACUCUGUACUUACACUAUGGGAAACAGUACUUGAAAGAUUGUUAUAUUGAAGGAAGCGUGGACUUCAUUUUUGGCAAUAGCACUGCUCUUUUGGAACAUUGCCAUAUUCACUGCAAGUCUGAAGGCUUCAUUACUGCACAGAGCAGAAAAUCUUCUCAUGAAACAACGGGUUAUGUAUUCCUAAGAUGUGUCAUAACGGGUAAUGGAAAUAAUUCAUACGCAUAUCUUGGACGACCAUGGGGACCUUUUGGAAGAGUGAUCUUUGCAUACACUUAUAUGGAUCGAUGUAUAAGGCCUCAUGGCUGGAAUAAUUGGGAUAAAAUUGAGAAUGAGAGAACGGCUUGCUUUUAUGAAUACAGGUGUUAUGGACAUGGUUGCUGCCCAUCCAAUCGAGUAGCAUGGGCUAGAGAAUUGAUAGAUGAAGAGGCAGAGCAGUUCCUUUCACAUCGUUUCAUUGACCCAGAUGCUAAUAGACCUUGGCUUGCCCAAAGAAUGGCCUUGAGGAUUCCAUAUUCUGCUUAGAAAUUAAAAUUAUAGAUGGGACUAUAGUAGGAAGUUCAUAUCAGUUCAUUACAUGUGCGCUUAAAAUUCCCACCGUUUGUGGAAUUUAUAUGCCAAUUAUUAUGUAUGAUGCUGUGGCCACUGAAGAUUAAUA